UCAUCUUUUCAUGUUCUUCUAUUACUGCCUCUGCUGCUGAUUCCCUCUUAUCCUGGAUACUGGAUCUUCUUGUGAGAAAUGGGAAAACUUGUUGCUGUCUUGAUCUCUCUUGUGUUAGCACUUGGAACAAUUCAAGAGGGGAAAUCUCAUCGAGACCAACCUUUGUCAGGAAUUGCAAUUCAUAGGACAUUGUUUGAUCUGAAUGAACAAGCUUAUAUCAAAGCCUCUCCAACAGUUCUUGGAUCUGAUGGUCAACAUAGCCAGUGGGUGUUGGUCGAAUAUAGUUCUCCCCACCCAUCAGAUGACGAUUGGAUCGGAGUGUUCUCUCCAGGGGAUUUCAAUGCUUCAAUUUGUCCUGCAGAAAUCAAAUACGUUGAUCCACCUCUACUGUGUUCUGCGCCUAUCAAGUUUCAGUAUGCUAAUUAUAGCAACGCAAGAUACACAAGUACAGGGAGUGCUUCCUUGAAGCUACAACUCAUCAAUCAGCGAGCAGAUUUUUCCUUUGGACUCUUUUCUGGCGGUUUGUUGAAUCCAACGCUUGUGGCUGUCUCAAACAAGGUAGUCUUUGAGAACCCAAAUGCUCCACUUUACCCACGUUUGGCACUAGGGAAAGAAUGGAAUGAAAUUACAGUGACGUGGACUAGUGGGUAUGGACUCGACAUAGCAGAACCUGUAGUGGAGUGGGGCAUUAUGGAAGGAGAGCGUAAAUUCUCGCCUGCUGGAACUUUGACCUUCGCCCGUAACAGCAUGUGUGGGGAUCCUGCUAGAACUGUGGGCUGGCGUGAUCCCGGUUACAUACACACUGCAUUUCUCAAAGAGUUGUGGCCUAACUCCAAGUACACAUAUAGAGUUGGGCAUAAAUUGUUCAGUGGUGCACACAUCUGGAGUAAAGAGAAUCAGUUUAAAUCUUCUCCUUUCCCGGGCCAAGAUUCUCUCCAGCGUGUGGUAAUCUUCGGAGACAUGGGAAAGGCUGAAGUUGAUGGCUCAAAUGAGUACAAAGAUUUUCAACGCGCUUCUCUCAACACCACAAAGCAGCUUAUUCGAGAUCUAAAGAACACUGAUGCAGUUUUCCAUAUCGGAGAUAUCUGUUAUGCAAAUGGAUACCUUUCGCAGUGGGAUCAAUUCACAGCGCAAAUUGAGCCAAUUGCUUCCACUGUUCCAUACAUGGUUGCAAGUGGAAACCAUGAGCGUGUCUGGCCCAACUCAGGAUCGUUUUACCAGGGUUUAGACUCUGGAGGGGAAUGUGGUGUACCAGCUCAGACAAUGUUCUACGUUCCUGCUGAAAACAGAGCUAAGUUCUGGUACUCAAGUGACUAUGGCAUGUUCAGGUUCUGCGUGGCGAACACAGAACUCGACUGGAGAGAAGGAACAGAGCAGUACAACUUCAUUGAACACUGCUUAGCAUCAGUCGACAGGCAAAAACAGCCGUGGUUAAUAUUCCUUGCUCAUCGAGUGCUCGGUUAUUCCUCAGCAGACUUGUACGCUGAGGAAGGCUCUUUCGGAGAGCCGAUGGGAAGAGAUAGCCUUCAAAAGCUCUGGCAGAAGUACAAAGUCGACAUUGCAGUCUAUGGCCAUGCACAUAACUACGAGAGGACAUGCCCGAUUUACCAGAAUAUAUGCACCAAUUUUGAGAGGAGAAACUACAAGGGUCCAUUAAAUGGGACGAUUCACAUUGUUGCUGGAGGUGGAGGAGCUGGUCGUACAAAAUUCUCCUCGUGGAAACCGAAUUGGUCUCUAUUCAGGGAUAUUGAGUAUGGUUUUGUUAAACUUACAGCAUUUGACCACUCUACUCUCCUGUUCGAGUAUAAGACGAGCAUCGACGGCCGUGUCCACGAUUCUUUCACCAUAUCAAGAGAUUACAGAGAUAUAAUGGCUUGUGCUGUUGAUAGUUGCCCAGCAGUAACAACAGCUUCGUAGAAUCUUGAAAUAUCUUCAAAAGACUAUCAAUGAAUAUAAUAAAAGUGUUUUAAUUUC